GAGAGAGCAAGCAGAUAGCUCAGUGCAGAGAGAGAGAGAGAGAGAGAGAGAGAGAGAGAGAGAGAGAGAUGUGGGAGUGACUGGGAGCCACAGGUUCAGUAUAAACUGACCAUGGAUGCAGGGAUAACAAACAGUACUGUUUCUUUUGUUCUUGUUUUCCCGGCAGUGAGAGAUGAUGAGAGGAGUGGAGGGCUCCAAAUAAAGAGGAACUGAAGAGACGCUCAGAAUUCACCCUAAAUAUCAAGAACAAGCUGUGAGGAUGGAGAAAUCUGCACUGCUGCUGUUUUGUUGCCUGGUCAUGUCUCUAUCAGGCUCCCCGCUCUACCCAUCCAUCAGGUUCGGUCAGAGGGAUACAUCCAUCCUGAUGACAUCCUCUAUCAAGAAUCCAGCAGAGCAGUUAGAGGAAGAGACGAGUCCCCCCAGUGAGCGAGCAGAGUUACGCACAGGACGCCACGCUGAUGCCAUCUUUACAAACAGUUACAGAAAAGUCCUGGGCCAAAUCUCUGCCAGGAAGUUCCUGCAGACGAUCAUGGGCAAGCGGCUGGGAGACGACAGUGAGAGCUAUGUGAAACGACAGUCAGAUAUAUAUGAAGGGACGUAUAAAGAUGAGGUUACAUCCAUCCAGAGCAAUCAGAGAUACAGAGGAGUGCAUGGGAACAUCAUGAGGCCCAGACUGCUGAGUUGAUUGAUGGACAAAUGAAGGCUCCUUGCCGCUGCACUAUUCAUUGCCAUCACUGCUUGUUUUCUUAUACCUCCAAUCUGUUCUCUACAGAUGAUACAGAACAGAUAAUAUAAUGUCAUUUUUGUAUUGCCAUUAAA